AUGAGGGGCGAGCUCUGGCUCCUGGUGCUGGUGCUCAGAGAGGCUGCCCGGGCGCUGAGCCCCCAGCCCGGAGCAGGUCAGGAUGCAGGCCAAGGCUCUGGAUGGGCCACCAAGGGGACCAUGCAGAGCUGGAGGCGGAGAGCCCGGGAGAGCCCUGGGCUGAUGUUGGAGCCGGACAGGACCCAGCUGAGCCAGGAUCUGGGCGGGGGCACCCUGGCCAUCGACACACUGCCAGACAAUGGGACCAGGGUGGUGGAGGACAACCACAGCUACUACGUGUCCCGCCUGUACGGUGCUGGUGAGCCCCGCAGCCGGGAGCUGUGGGUGGACGUGACCGAGGCCAACCAAAGCCAAGUGAAGGUCCACAGAAUCCUCUCCAGCACCCACCGGCAGGCUUCGAGAGUGGUCUUGUCCUUUGAUUUCCCUUUCUACGGACAUCCUCUGCGGCAGAUCACUAUAGCAACCGGAGGCUUCAUCUUCAUGGGCGAUGUGAUCCACCGGAUGCUCACAGCUACUCAGUAUGUGGCCCCUCUGAUGGCCAACUUCAACCCUGGCUACUCGGACAAUUCCACAGUUGCUUACUUUGACAAUGGGACAGUCUUUGUUGUUCAGUGGGACCACGUCUACCUCCAAGGCCGGGAAGACAGAGGCAGCUUCACCUUCCAGGCAGCCCUGCACCAUGACGGUCGUAUUGUCUUUGGCUACAAAGAGAUUCCCAUGUCUGUCCUGGAAAUCAGUGCUUCCCAGCACCCGGUCAAAGCAGGCCUGUCAGAUGCCUUCAUGAUUCUCAACCCGUCCCCAGACGUGCCAGAAUCUAGGCGAAGGACCAUCUUUGAAUACCACCGUGUUGAGCUGGACCCCAGCAAAGUCACUAGCACAUCAGCUGUGGAGUUUACCCCGUUGCCAACCUGCCUGCAGCAUCAGAGCUGUGACGCCUGCAUGUCCUCGGACCUGACCUUCAACUGCAGCUGGUGCCAUGUCCUCCAGAGAUGCUCCAGUGGCUUUGACCGCUACCGCCAGGAGUGGCUGGCCUACGGCUGUGCCCAGGAGGCAGAAGGCAAGACAUGUGAUGACUUCCAGGAUGAGGACCACUACUCAUCCUCCCCCGAUAGCUCCUUCAGCCCCCUUGAUGGAGACCUCACCACCACCUCCUCCUCCCUCUUCAUCGACAGCCUCACCACGGAAGAUGACACCAAGUUGAACCCCUACGCAGGAGGAGACGGCCUUCAGAACAAUCUAUCCCCCAAGACAAACAGUCCCCCAGUGCACCUGGGCACCAUCGUGGGCAUUGUGCUGGCAGUCCUCCUCGUGGCAGCCAUUAUCCUGGUUGGGAUUUACAUCAAUGGCCACCCCACCUCCAAUGCUGCACUCUUCUUCAUCGAGCGGAGACCUCACCACUGGCCGGCCAUGAAGUUCCGAAACCACCCCAACCACUCCACCUACACGGAAGUGGAGCCCUCGGGCCACGAGAAGGAGGGCUUUGUGGAGGCCGAGCAGUGCUGA